AUGGCUAAUAACAUCCGUUGCUCCAUUGAAAUGGAGCCCAAGACCUUGAAUCAACUACAACUUAACCACGCCAGGGAAGUGGCUGCAGAUGUUGUUCAAAGGAUGGAACCAAAUGAAGCAUCCGCCCUAUUCACUGAUCGGGUGCGCUUUAAUGAGGAAUCGAGGCCAUUGAUUCCAGUAAAUUAUCAUGAUCAGGCAGAGAGAAAAACGGGAGGGGAAAAGCAGCAGCUUCAUGAUCAGCCUGUUGGGGGCAAGGAGAUGAAGGUUCACAUCAUUGGAAGAUCUUGCCUGUGCGCCUGCACUACAGAAAAUGAUGCAGAAUCCCCGGAUUAA